AAGUGGGGGGAGCAGGGUCUGUAGUGUUGUGGUUCCAGUGCGACUUAUGUGUGUUUUCAUGGAAAUGUUGCUAUGUAACUCAUAAUUAGUAAUCAUUCUUCGGUGUAAGCUCAAACUAUUCUGUCGGCUGGUGUCGUCGGUGAGGAGCAGGACUAUAAUGUCUGGAGCCGUCGGUGGAGGAGGAGGCUCCUCCUGUCUGGGCGCAGCAGCGGCAGCUAGUUGCAGCUCCGCCGGCUCUCCCUACACUGCUGCAGCCGGAGGAGGCGCGGGGAUAGCCGGGAGGCUGCCAGCCCGGGUCCUGGAGCAUGUUUUCUCCUAUCUGGAGAUGUCUGACUUGAUGCGGUGUUCGCUGGUCUGCUGGCACUGGAACAAUAUCCUCGCGGAUGAAAACAGCGAGGUGUGGCGCAGCCUCUGCACCCGGUCCCUGAGCGAUGAGGCUCUGCGGUCUGACAUCCUGUGUAACCUGCCCACCUACAAGGGGAAACUCAAGGCCUUUCAACAUGCUCUGAGCUCCCAUGACUGCUCUCGCAAUGUUUACGUGAAGAAGAACGGCUUUACCCUGCACCGCAACCCUAUUGCCCAGAGCACGGAUGGUGCGCGUGGCAAGAUUGGCUUUUCGGAAGGACGGCAUGCCUGGGAGAUCUGGUGGGAAGGCCCCCUUGGCACCGUGGCUGUGAUAGGCAUCGCCACAAAGCGGGCAGCAAUGCAGUGCCAGGGCUACGUUGCUCUACUGGGCAGUGAUGACCAAAGCUGGGGCUGGAACCUGGUCGACAACAACCUGCUUCAUAAUGGGGAGGUUAAUGGAAAUUUCCCACAGUGUAACAAUGCACCAAAAUAUCAGGUGGGAGCUGGAGUUGUGUCUGCAUGUCAUUCGUAUCCUCAUCAGAUUGGGGAGAGAAUUCGGGUGAUCCUAGACAUGGAUGACAAGACGUUAGCCUUCGAGAGAGGAUUUGAGUUUCUUGGAGUAGCAUUUCGUGGACUCCCCAAAGCCUGCCUAUUCCCUGCUGUCUCAGCAGUAUACGGAAACACUGAGGUCACCAUGGUGUACUUGGGAAAACCUCUGGACGGCUAGAAGCAGAAUAACAUGUGCCACCAUUCAAAUUAUCAAGCCACUGGUGAGUGCAGGACUUUGACUGUCAACACAGUGCCAACCAUGUGUGUUGCACCAUGUCAAAAGUGGUCAUGUUUCCUCCAAGCAAAAUAACUCUAUUCACAUACGUAGAGAGGACUGUUGGCAUUUCUACUACAGCGGCACAUGAACCCAGUCAGUUUUUGGACUACAGGGAAAAGGGUGUGGGGACAGUCAUAAACACGUGGAAGUGUCCACUUUUACAGUUUAGCUGCUGGACCUUUUAUGUACAGACCAGGGGAACAUAAUUUAAUUUCAUGUGAUUCAGUGCUGAACAUUUACUUGAUAUUUUGUCCGCUUGAAUGAGGCCAAAACUCUUCUAAACUGUGGCAAAUACUUUAAGACAUAAUUUUAAUAAGUGACACAGUCGUUGUUAUGAAUAGCUAUCUGUUGUAUGAGUUAACACAGGUGAACUAUAAUCAGUGACUGGAUUAUAAUGGUUUUAUGCCAAAUGUGACCUAAUGUUGUAUUUUGAUAAAGGCAAACAGAGAACUUAAGGACCAACUGUCACACAUGUGCAUGGACACUGGUGUAUGGACUGAAUCAUUUGCCCUUUUAAAAUACUCAUCCAGUAAUGGUGGAAACUAUAUCCGUAUCAUGUUAAUGUGUGUCCUUUUUAAUGUGCUACUGUAGUAUUACACACUAUUUAUUGGUUUUAUCUAUGGUACUAUAGAUACUGUAUGGUUAUAGGGUUCGAAAAUAAAGUCUAUAAGGUGCCACUCUUAGAACAAAGAUGGUUUGAUGCUUGUGUUUGCAGCACAGAUGGUUGUAUACCACAGCCUGUCGAUUUAUCUGCGCAGUCACAGCUGUCCAGUUACACUACAUGUUUCCAGCCCAUGUUACACAAAUCUGUCCCCUGAACUUUGGAAGGAAGACUCAGAGCUAAAGAGCUCAAGCCUAUAAACUGCAUAUUGUCAAGGUCUGGUAAAAACCAUGUAUCUCCACAUUUUGUGAUUUCGAAUUGUUCAGAUAAAUUGUUCUUUUACGUGUUGAGAAAUAUUCCUAAAUCUUAAAAUAAAUGAAUCAUGCAAAAUCC